UCUCAGUAAUCACUCAUGUGUAAUCCCAUUUCAUGUGUAAUCCUUCCUAAUCUUGUUCUCACACAUGAAGGAGAUGAAAUUAGUCAUGACUGACGGCCAUGAAAUGCUUGAUUAUGGCGUGAGCCCUGAAGAGAAAGAGGUGACUGUCACAAACUUGGUCACCUGACAAGUCAAUAAGGUCACACCCGACCUAAUUCAAACCACAACUUUGUAGAACUUAUUUAUCGCCAUCUUCCCUUUUUCUUUCCAGGAAGUCAUUGAAUCUUUUUAAUCACAGAAAUAAUUUGGAAGUUUAAUUGAAAUCUUAGUUGAGAAGCAAAUGUAAUAUGGCCUGCUUAGAUGUCUGAUAGACGACCACGAGGCUCACAGCAGCCGUCAUUGUCUCUGUGCAAUGCACUGAAUAGUAAUUAAAUAUGCCACUUAUGCUUCACUGAUUCAUUUCCUUCACAUUUUGAAGCUCGGCUGAAUGCAUUUUUUUUUCGCUGCAGAAGGGCUGCAUUGUAUCCAGCAUGGCCUCAUUACUGGGGCAGAAGGGCUUGGUGUUGGGGGAGGGCGGAGGACAGAGGAGCACCCCACGAAGACAUUGUGCUUAACAUCACUAAAUAACUCAAAUGCCACAUUGUCCUUUACAACACUCAAUUAGUCCUGUUGCCUCCGCAAGGCAAUGAUUUCAUACGGGGAGAUGUAUUUUUAGAGAAAAACAAUCCUGGUUGCAGACAAGAAGCUGUGUGGAAAUCUAAUGAAGAACACAGCAGUCAUGUGGAGCUGUUAGACACAGAGCAACCUUGUUGCACAAAGCUUCUCUUCUCUUUCUCUAUGUGUUUUUGAAGACUGCAAAAGGAGAGACUUCAAUAUUGGUGUGUUUGUGUGUGUGUGGUGGUAGUGGCCAUAACUGUAUACUGGACAUUGUCCAGCCAAAGAACCUCAUUGCCCUGCCCUCGGGCCUCCUCCACUCAAGGAUCUCCAUGCAGAGGAACGCCUCAUUGGUGGCUGUGACGGGGAGAAUUAGGCAAGCGAUGUGGGCUCACUUGCCCUGCGUAGGGGCUUAUCGUGGGCUAAGCUGAAGGACUAAACGCAAAGCCAGCAUCCGCUCCAGCCGGUCUGAGGGCACAGAGAGCCAUCUGUCCACUCUGUGGAUGAUCAUCACAGGGGACAACGUUGAUGACGGACUACAGAGAGAAUCAACAUUCAAUUUGGAGAUAAGAAAAGAAGAAGAAGAAGAAGAGGAGCAGAUACUCUGCACGUAAGAGUGUCUUCUUAAAAGCUUGAAUAACACAGAAAAUGUCUGACAAGGAAGAAAUGGCCCUGGAUGGGAGUCUGAAUGUAACACUGACGCUGAGACUGCUUAUGCAUGGGAAGGAAGUUGGCAGCAUAAUUGGGAAGAAAGGAGAGACAGUGAAGAAAAUGAGGGAAGAGAGUGGGGCUCGCAUUAACAUAUCAGAGGGAUCAUCUCCUGAGAGGAUAGUCACCAUCACGGGACCUACAGAAAGCAUCUUCAGGGCUUUUUCCAUGAUCGCAGACAAGUUUGAAGAGGACAUUGCAGCAGCAAUGACUAACAGCAACGUGACAAGCAAACCACCCGUGACACUGCGUCUGGUUUUCCCUGGGAGUCAGUGCGGCUCCCUGAUUGGCAAAGGAGGCUCAAAGAUCAAAGAGAUCAGAGAGACCACGGGCGCUCAGGUUCAGGUGGCAGGAGACAUGCUGCCAGACUCCACAGAGAGGGCUGUCACCAUCUCCGGCACUCCCCAGGCCAUCACUCAGUGUGUGAGGCACAUCUGCUCUGUCAUGCUGGAGUCUCCACCCAAAGGAGCUACUAUUCCCUACCGUCCUAAAGCCAUACCUGCAGGAGCCCAUGCAGUUUUAGCGCCACAGCAUUCUGCUCAAGCCUUUGCAUUUCCAGGGCAGUAUGCAUUUGCACAUCAAGAUUUGACCAAGCUUCACCAGUUGGCUAUGCAGCAUAUCCCCCUCCCUUCCCUUGGGCAGAGCAACCCUACCUUCCCUGGAUUGGAAGCAUCUGCCCCAACAAGUUCACAAGAGCUGGCGAUACCUAAUGAUCUUAUUGGCUGCAUAAUUGGAAGACAAGGCAGCAAGAUCAAUGAGAUCCGCCAAGUCUCUGGAGCUCACAUCAAAAUUGCCAGUGCCACUGAUGGCUCCUCCAUGCGCCAAGUCACGAUCACGGGCUCUCCGGCCAGUAUCAGUGUGGCCCAGUACCUCAUCAGCGCCAGCUUAGAGAUGGCUAAACUCACCUUGCAGGCUGCUUCCUCAGCGACCCCAGUCGAUCUGAACAUGAGCUUCUCUCAGGCCACUUCUGCCGCCUCCUCUGCUGCUACCUCUAUGGCUGUCCUGGCGGCCUCAAACCCAGCCCAGACCACCAUUAACGUCCACUCACCUUCCACCUUACCAACCAUCCAAACCCCACACUAUGCUGUACCCAUUUCCAGCCUGCUUGGCAUGAAAACUCUCCCUGUCCUGGCCGUCCAUCCUGCUGCUGCUUCCAGCCUCGCUCAGGGUUUGUCGCCUUACACGGCGAAAAUGCCAACGUCUGGAGUCAAAAAAUCUGAGCGACAAAAGUUUGCCCCUUAUUAAGCUGGGCUCUAAUCUCAAAGCACUUUAGCUGAGGGCGGGACGCAAGUAAAAUAAAAAAUAGUUUGAAAAAAACUGCGAUUAAUAAAAGAAGUAAAAAUACCUCAACAACAGUUUGUACGUUUGCCCAACGGCGAUCCUCCCACCCCCUGGUUAAUAAGCUGCUGUUUUAAGAUUUGCAGUUUGCUCACUGCCUUCCUCAAAGCGCGUGGCUUUGAGGAAGAAGUUGGACAUUUGAUAAUAACAUCUUCCCAAUAUUGAGGGAGAAUCUGCAAAUAUUUUUCUUAAAAAACUAUUUGCUGUGUUUAUACAGUAGUUUGUCAUUCCCUUGGCGUACGAGUUGUUCCGAGGGAAAAUCUUCACCAGCAGGGGCAGUAAUGCAACCCGAAAAAUACCAGCUGCCAUUAACCCCUCUGUCCCCUCCAAAAGAUUGUGUGAUUAAAAUUUUGUAGCUUUUUUGUUAAAGGUGUACAGUGUGACAUAUCAGUGGGCACUCAGUGCUAUAGAAACGUACACAGGGAGCGAACGAGUCACGAUAUGGAACAUAUCUGUCAGGAGGUGUAUUUUAUUUGUCAACUGCUAGCCAUAAAACUAAAAGUAUUACUUGAGUCUGAAAGUGAAGGGAACAUGCUGUGUGUUGACUCACAUUAGCUCAGAUUUUAGUAUAUAUUUUUAAACUCAGGGUAAGUGGGCCAAAGGGUUUUAAUGACAUGCGUUCCACAAUCAUGACUUUUAUAAAAUUUAAAAGAUCUUAACCUAAGUAGUUUUUUUAUUAGUGUAGUAGUUACGUUAUCAGUGAUAAAAAUGUAAUUGUUUUGUUCACUUAGUGAACGGUGGACCCUAAACUAGUGAUAAAACUGUUUCUUAAAUAUAUUCAGCACAGCUCUUCCUGUCUUCCCUCACGCUGUAUUGAAGGCUACAAAACUCCUUUAUACAGUCUAUCGGUCAAACCUAAUUUGUUUUUACUUAAUUACUGUCAUUUAUUAAAAUGUCAGAAAACUGUUGACUGACCUUAAAAUUCAGGAAAAAUAAAUGGCAAGCAAAUAAUUGUUUAGAAAACAAGCAUUUAGCCAAUGUGCCCUCAUUAAUGAAAACCAGCGGCACAUUAACUCAGUAUUUCCUUACAAAGAAGUGACUUUAGGAAACUCAGGCUUACAUUUAGUUUGCACAUUUGUUUUUAGUUAAAUUGUGUUUUUCCUGGUAUUGUGUGGACUUCAGUUGAUAGGACAAAUGCAAACUUAUAAAUUGAGGUGUUCUUGUGGUAGAAGCUAACAGAGUUGUAGGAUUAGUGUGUGGUUUUUUUCUUUUCUUUUUUUUUUUUUUUAAUCAAAGAUGUGAACCAUGUCAAAUCUGCCACAUUUCCUGCUUUUCCCUCAACUGUAGGCUCUCCUCUGUGCAAACAAGCUUGGGUGUUCUGUAGUAGCGCUGCACUGUUGCAGUUGUGAUGGGAUUAUCCACAAAGCCACAAUGGAUUCCAGUGGAUUUAAACUCUGCGCUGUAAUCCUGUAGAGCGGGACUAGUGUUAAACAACACGUAUGUUGUUCCUGUAGGUAAAUGUAUUUCUUGUUUAUCCCAGAUCUGAACUGAUGGAAAGAUCCUCUGAUUAUGCAAAUGAGAAGUUAUUCAAUGUAAAGUAUUCAAUGCCUCGUGGAUGUGUUUCUGGUGUGGGUUUAAUGCCCGACAAUGCAAUGCCUGUUGUUGUUGCUGAUAAAAUGACAAUAAAAUAAUUCUGGUUGGAUUUGAUGUUUUGUUCUAUUCCUGUUGCGAUAAUAAAGAACAUUACGUUGAG